ACAGCCAGGGUCUGGGUGAAAUGGCAGAAGGCCCCGGGGCUCAUCGACCACCUCCUUACAGUGGGGGGGGGGGCUUCGAACCCCGAGACCCACUGGACUGCUGGGCCUGUGCGGUGCUAGUCACAGCUCAGAACCUGCUGGUGGCUACCUUUAACCUCCUGCUGCUGGGUGUGGUGCUAGGAACGGUUCUGCUGCCUUCCGUGCUCAUGCUGGCCUUUGGCUUCCUCUGCCACUCAAAGUUCCUGCGCUCCCAGGCACCCCCCUGUACCACCUACUUUCAGGACCCAGGAUUCACAGUGCUGCUGGUAGUAGGCUUCCUGCUCCUGGUGCCUCUGCUGAUCCUCGCCUUAGCUGGUUACCGGCGCCUCUACUGCCGUCUCCGCCUCGCUGACUGCUUGGUACCGUACAGUCGGGCCAUCUACCAGGAUGCCCCACAAGCCUCCCAGUCUCUUCCCACCGCCACUGGCAAGGUCUGGGUCUGAAAGGUCCUUCCCUUCCCCUACUCAAGAUAGUUUCUCUACUGCCCUACCCCACUUCCCAACUUCUGGCCUGGAAACUAGGGAUGAAUUCUAGAAAUGAACAAGACUCAAAGAGAAAUGGAAUGUUUGCUCUCCGUGGAAAACAUCCGCAAUAUCUGGACGAAAUGUGAAAAAUCCCCAUUUCUGGAGAGCCUCCUUCCCUUCCCACCAUGUGUAGUUCAACUGUACCCCAUGGCACAUCGUGGGCUAGAUGCUCCUCCAUUUUGGAAUAUUUGGACUAACUGUCCCGAAUGUUAACACUAAAUUCAAGUUACUUCAUGGGGGCAGGAGAGCCAGUUGGAAAUUAUAAGGGACUGUGAGGUUCAUGAAUAAAGGUUAACAAAUCAGUCUCAUACCCAGCUCUUUAGUUGUGUCAUCUCUUUCCUGGGGGACUAGAAAAUAAGUUAAUACUAGCUUCAAGCAAAAGCCAACUGUUUUCUCUGGAAGAACUUUGUGGUUGCUAUUUGCUGACGCUGGGGGGUAAUCAAGGUCCAAUAGAUCUUUCCCUCUUCCUUAUCUUAUCGGGGUUUUCUUGGCCAGAUCAACCAGGCCAGUCCCUGGGGUUUAACCUUCCCCACUCACUGCUGGUUCUGUAGAUGGGAACUUCACCUCUGUUGUCCAGCUCUGGCUCCCCUUGGGAUCCAGGUGUCCCAGCCAAGAGU